AUGUGGCACUUAAGGUUGUCAAGCACGUCGUUCGACCCAAUGGUGGUUUAUGAUGGACACCCUACAUUGUUUACCAUCAAGCUACAUCAUGGAGGUGAGUUCACAAAGUUUCCAAAUGUCAACUACAUUGAGGGUAUUGUGACGUACGUAGAUAUGGUGGAUAUAGAAGAGUUUUCUAUUCACGAGAUGGAUGCGAUUAUGAAAGGGUUAGGAUACUCAGUUCCUCCAGUUAUCUACUAUCAUUUUUUUAGUGCCAAAGGGAGACAUGCAUUUUGGGCUACGGGCCCUAGGAAAUGA